AUGGCAAAGGGAGAGAGCAGGAAUUCAUCUGUAAUUCAUAUUACUAUUUUGGAAGAUCUGCCUUUUGGGACAUCAGUGGCAAGACUGGUUGCAGUGGACAGAGAUAUAGGGGACAGAGUCUACUAUGAAUUUGUGCGCAGUUACAGAGGUUUUGCUAUUGAUUCUGAUACUGGUGAAAUUACAACCACCUAUCGUUUGGACUAUGAAGACCUCACUUUCCCCCAUAAAACGGCAUUGGAAAUCAGAGCUUUUGACAAUGAUAGGUUGCAUUCUUCCACUGUUCUGCUGAUUAUCACACUGCAGGAUGUAAAUGAUAAUCCUCCAUUUUGCACCCAAGACCUUUACAUCAUUGAAGUGCCUGAAACAAUUGCUAUUGGGACUCGCUUGUACACCUUAGAGUGUGGAGAUAGAGAUGGAACACCUCCCAACAAUGUUCUCACCUUCACACUGGAUGAUUAUUCCAAUAAUUAUUUCACGCUAGCUGGCAAUGAAAUCAAAGUUGGUCCUCAGCACCUAAACUGUGAUUCUGAUCUGUUUGCCACAAUGCAGUUCAAGCAUAUACUGAUGAUCCAAGUUUCUGAUGGUGGGGAGCCACCACAAACACGCACAAUUAGGGUUAUUGUGAAAGUAACCCGUACUAAUGAAAUAGAUCCUCAUACUGGCACAAAUAUAUUCCGCGUGCUUGAAAACAGCAGCAUUGGCACUGUGGUUGGAAGAGUCGCCUUUACAGACGAAGACUGGCCAUUCAAUAAUUUGAAGUACACACUUGUUGGCGAUGGUGCAGGACAUCCUCCUAAGUUUUAUAUAGAGCCAGAUACAGGUAUUGCCAAUUCUUUUAAAGGCUUCUCUGCUCAAGAAGAAUGAAUGCCACAGGAAGAAAAUUUGCCUUAGCUUUCAUCCAGCAUUUUACUGGAGUUAAGAAGAGAACAUGGUUUUAGGCAAGAUUCAGUCCUGGACCUUACUAAAGUGGUCUUGGUUCUAAACUGGUGUCUGCCAUCAGUAAUGG